AUGGGUGGCGGUACCACAAAGAAGGAGGGAAUCGAGACGAACACAGCCAUCACACAGGUUGCCCCGGGCACCGUAUACACGACGCUGCCUACAGCUGCCCAAACUCAUCAAAUGUUGCUACAACAACAAUCAGCUCAAACACAGGCAGCUGCCAGCUCGAGUGGGACCACCGCAACGAAUGCUAGCCUUCCACAGUAUUUGAUUCCAGGGCCAUCGAAAGCCGAAACAAAAUAUCAGCAACUCCUAUGUCUGUUCAAUGAAGUAUCCAAAGACAUGCCUCAAGCCUACACCGGCAACAAGCACUGCGCCGAGCGAAUCAAACGCUUUUUGGUGCACGCCAGAAUCCUGACCCGAGAAUGCAUCAUGGAAGCGGACCGCGAUCGCGCAUUAAUGAAUCAGGUCCUCUACGACAAACACGAAACUCCAUCAGCCCCUUCGACCAAGCAAGUUAGCAAA